AUGGUUCCUGGUCUUGUGCUUCUGAUCGGUGCGAUUAUCUCUCUGUUUGUGUCGUCUAUGGUGGCUUCGUUCUGGCACGAGUCAAGGCCUGAUGGUCUCCUGACGGAGGGCCUUGCGUGGGGUGACACGAAUAGCGAAAGGCUUCUGCCGUUGUGGGUGUGGAUCUACUGCGUCGUGUGGUGGUUUAUCCAAGAUGUCAUUAAAGUGCUCUCACAUAUGUUUAUGGAGGCCGUUGAUCUAUUCGGAUGUGUUUCAGAGGCGUAUGGCGGAAAGGUCAUUGAACAGUACGUGGAAAAUCAAGCGAAAACUACAUCUGAUGACGCUAACGCUGGUGGUCAACAGGAAGAACUCAUGUUUGUUGGUCAGUCCGGAAGUGCGGUGGAAAAAGGCACCAAGGAGCCGUUCAACGAAGGUGCCUCUGGGGCAGAAAAGGCGUCCCCAAAUGAGAUGCGUUCUCCAUAUUCUCCUCGCAAGGCUGAGGAUCAGAGGUGA